GGACAUUCUGUCUCACAAACACACUGGCACAGACACACACACUCAUAUUUAAAGUGAUCAUGAAGGAAGGAGCUGCCUGUUCACUGCUUACUAUAGCUGCUAACUGAUUCCUUGGAUUAUGAUGAACUGUAACUCCCCUGCAUUUCAACUCUGACCACAAAGAUUUCCAGAGAAAACUGUGUGUGCGUGAGUGAGCAAGAGAGAGAAAGAGGGGAAAAGACAGAAAGAGGCAAAGGGGGGUGGGCUAGAGGACUUCUUGUUCCAGGCAGGCAGCAGGGGCUCAUCAAGUCUACAGACGGUCUUGUGUAGCCAAAGCAAAGCCACCUACGACUGAGCUCCUAGCAACGUUGUGUGAAGAAUCUGCUUUUUCCAUCUUUACUUCUCUGAAAGAAAUGUGGCAUUGCUGAAAAGAAAAAAAGAAGAAAGCCAAUCUUCUGUGCACCCAAAGAAACCAGCUGCAAACCCAGAAGUCCAAAAAGUGCAAUAAGCAAAGCACCGGAGAGUGGAAAAGCAGAAGAUAAAGUGCAAGCAAGGACUGAGAUCCAAGAGUCAAGCUGCAGCCAGCCGGAGCCAGUGGAAUGGACCUAGGUGCCAGCUGGAUCAAUCCCGACGUACCCACACUGCUGUCUGAGGAGGAGGGCUGAGGAUCUGCUGCGACAACAACCGACUCAUGAAUGAGGAUGAAUGGAGAUGUCCUUUAGCUAAACCCUAAAACGAGACUCUUGCCAAUUCCACCUCUGAGUGAGCUGGGACAACACUAGCUAAUAGCUCAAAGAAGAAGAAGGUGGUGGUGGAGGAGGUGGAGAGUAGCCAGGGGGCCCAGAGCACUGCUAGUGCUUCUGGCCCAGAGGAGAGGAGAGGGAGCUGGCAGUCCACUGAGCGGGAACAGGACUCAGAGCAAGGACACGACGGAGGGGGAGAAGUGGCAGGUGCCGGGCGUCACAUGGCCUUGCAGAGGCUGGUGGCGGCAGCGGUGGCCGUAGCCCUGCUGUCCCUGGUCCUAAAUAAUGUUGCAGCCGUCACACCCAGCUGGGUCCUGCAGGAUCUGGAGGACGGGCGUAAGCGCAGUGUGGGACUAUGGAAAAUGUGCCCCAAUGGUGGGGAAAGGGGCCGUGACGACCUCCAGGCUGACAGAAAGGUUCAAGGCACACAGAAGCAAUGUGAAGGCAUCGGCUGGGGCUCUGAGUAUGCAGGCUACCAAGAAUCCCGUGGCACUGUUAAAUUGCAGUUCGACAUGAUGCGAGCGUGUAACCUGAUAGCAACAGUGGCCCUGACUGCCGGUCAGCUGAUCUUCCUUCUAGGCCUGAUGAAACUGCGCUUCAUCUCACAUGAAUCCCAGUGGUGGGAGGAGGCCAUCGCUGCACUCUUCCAACUAGCCAGUUUUGUGUUGGUUAUUGGACUCGUGACCUUCUAUAAGAUCGGGCCCUACACGCACCUUUCCUACUCCUGCUAUAUGGACAUAGCUGCUUGCCUGUUGGCCACAAUGGCUGCGGCCAUGCUCAUCUGGAACAUUUUACACCGCCGUGAUGACAGCCUUGCACCUCGAGUUAUAAUCAUCAGUCGCUCACUGGCAUCACCUUUUCACCCACGUCUAGACAAUGAGUAUGUGGAGUCGCCUUGUUGAGCUCAGGAGAUCUCACACAACAAACCAGUGACAAGACUUGUGCUCUCAACCAUUCAUGGUUUAUUCCAGCUAUGCGCCAGUGACAUGACUCUCAAAAGAAGAUGCCAUUCCUGUGCUACCGAAAUGGCUGGACUAACAUAUGCUUGCAAUUGUAUCCUAUUUCUCCCACUAUGAAUGGUGAUAUACUAAAUAUUUUGCUGUUUAGUGCACAGUUUUCACAUAUUUAACUAAAAUUAAUGUAUAAAGCAGCCCUAAAGUUCCAGACAAAUUCAAAUACUGCAUGAUACAAUCAUGCAAUCAAGCUUGAGUGACCUGUUCAGAAAAGAAUUUGGAUUAGGACUGUCUUAUAUAAAUCAUAAUUCCUAUGAAAAGAUCAAGCUGGAACUUGACCUGUUUUAUUAAAUGUGCAUUUAUGAAAUGGUCUCCUGCACAAUUAUAAAUUGGAAAUAAUGAAAGAUGUUGAAAUUAUAAUACCAGAAUACCUCAUAUUUGUCUUCAUUUCGCUUGUUAAAAAUGUUAUGCACAUAUUAAUUAUAUAUGUUACAAGUAGGGAAAAUACCAGGAGAAAAGCUGAAGAGUCUUCAUUUAGCUUUUGGACUGUGCUUUACAUAAUCAGUGACAAUAUUUAAUUUUAUUAUAGCCAGUGAAAGACAGCAUGUUGAACAAAUAACUGAAAAACAUGAGGCUAUAUUACUCUAGGAAUUAAUUUUUCAUGAAUAUUUUAAUUUUUGAAACAAGAAAAAUAAAAAAGACAGAAAGACAAAUAACCUGCUAAAUAAAGCAUAUUAAUUAUUUUGGACUUCUUAAGUAGUUUUUGUUAAAUUGAUAGUAAUAACUAUUUUGCCGAUGUACUGCAAUUUGUUCAGUUAAGUUCAUUUUUCAUGACGCUUCCUGUAUGAUUCUCUCCUUGCUUUGGUACAUACUCAAUACCUAAAUUAAUAUAAUAUUAAACUUAAACUAAUAGCAUAGGGCUAUCAUUAGUAGUAGUAAUGACCAUAUCAUUUUUCUGCAAAGAACUCCAGGUUAUUUGUGGGUCUUCCACAUUAAAAUAAUAAUAUAUCAUGUAAAUUCAAUAAAUUUAUUGGUAAACAUAAUCAAACCAGUGGUUGUUGUCUUUACUGCUGCUUGGUGCCUGAACAGAAAUCUGUUGGAGGAAAAACUAAAGAUGACAGUUGUCCCGUCCAUGCUGCCAAAGAGCCAAUCCCAAUGUGAAAUGUAUUAGCCAAUCAUGUUGCUGUGUUGAUG